CCCGCGGUGGGCGGUGACCCGCGGGCUGGGCUGCGAGCCCCGCAAUGCCCAGGGAGAGCGGCUCCGGGGGUGGGGGGUUGACAGUGCUCCACGAGCCUCACUGGGGCCCAGUCCCAUGAGGCCUGCGCGCCGCGGGACUGAAGCCAGAGGACGGCGGAGGGCCACCGCUCGGCCGGCCCGCGACGGGGAAGGCGCAUGAGGCCCAGCGCGGCUCCGGGGAUCUGAGGGCUCUCUCGGGGCGUCGGGCUCCGGGCCGCCACCGCCACCUGGGCCCCUGCCGGCGCCGGCGCCGUUCCCGCCCACCCCUCGCCAUGUCCGAGGAGCUCUCGGCGGCCACGUCCUACACGGAAGAUGAUUUCUACUGCCCCGUCUGUCAGGAGGUGCUCAAGACGCCGGUGCGGACCGCGGCCUGUCAGCACGUUUUCUGUAGAAAAUGUUUCCUGACUGCAAUGAGAGAAAGUGGAAUACAUUGUCCCCUAUGUCGUGGAAGUGUGACUAGAAGAGAAAGAGCAUGUCCAGAACGGGCCUUAGAUCUUGAAAAUGUCAUGAGGAAGUUUUCUGGUAGCUGCAGAUGCUGUUCAAAAAAGAUUAAAUUCUAUCGCAUGAGACAUCAUUACAAAUCUUGUAAGAAGUAUCAGGAUGAAUAUGGUGUGUCUUCUGUCAUUCCAAACUUUAAGAUUUCUCAAGAUUCAGUAAGGAGCAGUAACAGGAGUGAAACAUCUACAUCUGAUAAUACAGAAACUUACCGAGAGAAUACAAGUUCUUCUGGGCAUCCCACCUUUAAGUGUCCCUUAUGUCAAGAGUCAAAUUUCACCAGACAGCGUUUGUUGGAUCACUGUAAUAGUAACCAUCUAUUUCAGAUAGUUCCUGUGACAUGUCCUAUUUGUGUGUCUCUUCCUUGGGGAGAUCCUAGCCAGAUUACUAGAAAUUUCGUUAGUCAUCUAAAUCAAAGACAUCAGUUUGAUUAUGGAGAAUUUGUGAAUCUUCAGCUAGAUGAGGAAACCCAGUAUCAAACUGCUGUAGAAGAAUCUUUUCAAGCAAACAUCUGAUUUGAGUACACAUUUCUGCAUCCUUGUACCUACAAGUGCCAUCUUUAAGGGGAAGACAACAUGAAGUCACCGUUUGAAUAAUUUGCUGUGCAUAUUAAUAAAAAUAAUAAUUCAGUCUA